GUCCUCCCUGCGCAGGGCGAGAGUCGUCCUGCCGCAGCAGCCGAUCAGUGUUGUUUGGUAAACAUCGGGGAGGAGGUUUGUUUCUGCUACACGUCCCUCAUUAUCUCCUGCAAAUCCUUUAUGACAGGACUUCCUCAACCAGUUUAACCUGAGGAUCCUUGAUCCUAACUUGGAGAGGUGUGGCAUUACAAUGAACUUCCCUGAGGUGCGGUCUGUUGGAGGCAGUGUAGGUGGUGGUGUAGGCAUUGGUGCAGGUAGCUUAGGUUGUACCUCUGCUGGAGGUGACUCUAACCUUACUGUUACCUCACCUGCCUCCCCACCACCAGAAACAGCAGCUUAUAUGGGUUUCCAAACUACGUCACCCCUCUCGUCUCCUCAAGCUAGUUACCCACCAGUGUCCCGUCCCAGCAUAGCCAGCAUGUGGGGUAUUGGAGGCUUCACAACACCACCCAUGCCACCCCCACCCGUUGUGUGCCCAAAUACCAUUGCCUCAACCCUCGGCAUUCCACAGAUGCCCAGUGCUACUUACUUCAACUCUCGAGCACCAAUGGGUUUUAACUUCAGGAUGGCAGGUUCUCACUUAAAUGGCAUACCCUUUGUUUUUAAACGCAAGCCAGAGGAGGAACCAGAAGCAGUAAAGCCAGUGGCCAAACAGCACAUUAGUGAGGAGAGAAUGGCAGCGCACCUUAAUUCACUGCACCUCUCAGAGAGUUUCUACAACCACCGACUUGGUAAAAAAAGUUGUUCUGAUGUCAAUGAUAUGGUGCUGGAGGACGAAGCUGAUGAAGGUUUAGGAGAGGACGAUAUUUCACGACCAUGGAAAUCUAGAUCCAAAGGCCCUGCUUGCCUUGUAAUAGCUGAUGAAGUAAAACAAAUUAUCCCUGGAGAAUCACAGCUUCCAGCAUCCUUAUUAAAAAAAUUAACCAAACCGAGCAUGGAGGUGGUUUUGUGGCAGCCCCCGGGAAACAUUAUCAGAAACAUAAUUAAGCCAAGCAUACCCACUGAGAUAGAAGUUGUGGAAAGCAAAAACUCUUCCUCCGACUCCUUGGUAAAUCCUCCUAACUCAACAAGUACUGGGGAAACAUCCACCAGCAGCUCUCCAGACUCGGGUAUCUCUGUCUCAUCACCGCCGCCAUCAUUAUCUUUUCUCAGGCAGAAUUCCACAGCAUCAUCAUCAUCAUCCUCCUCACAGUCAUCCUCAGCAUCGUCAUCAUCGUCUUUGUCAUCCUCAUCAUUAAUAUCAUCAUCGUCGUCAUCCUCACUUGGUACAGGCAUUGCAGCAUCAUCCUCAGAUGUUAACGAUGAUUUAUUGUCUCUGCCGUCUACUUCGUCUGGUUCUCGGGGAGGAUACUUGCCCUCCCUGAGAAGGCCUGCCAGCCCAUUACCCGACCCCAUGGCAGACGACGACUUCUCCGAGCGCAUGGAAUUUAACAAUAACAAUAAUAAUGCGCCCAAUUUCAUGUGGCUGGAAGAAAACAAUAAUACCGCGUUACUCGAUCUUAAUGCCGUCGAGCCCCCCAGAACUCCACAGUUAGAGGACUUGCCUGAUUUGCCUGACUCUGAUGACAUGGACUUAUAACACUGCCAGCGUGGGAUAGUUCUAUGUGCCUACUCACACCUUUAGUCACUCUUGGCAGGUACUGAGUGUGUCUCAAUGUGAUGGUAACAAAAGAAACUAUUUGGCCUCUUCUCUAAAGAAAAAAUACGAUACUUUGUACUGUAGUGUUAAACUUUGGAUGCAUACGAUCAUCAUAUAUUUGAUUAUGAGAACCAACACAAUAUUACCUUACAUGUAAAAAUAAAUAGCUGCAGUAACCAAUUCUUGUACAGUAUACAUUACCUUUGCCAUACUUUUUUUUUCAUUAGUUUUAUUUCUUGGCCAACUGUUUGUUUUGAAGCUGCCCAUUUACUUGCAUAAUAAGAAAAUUGCUUUUUACAGAAAUAUCUCGAAUUACAAGUUUUAAAUUUUUACUCUUAUAUUUAAGUGUUUGGGUAAAAGAAAAUAUUUGCAUUUAACAUCAGGAAUUACAAUUUAAUACAAAUAUCAGCAAGGAUCAUUAACAACUGAAUUUAGUAGAUUUUCUAAGGUUUAUAAAAUGGUUAAUGUUUAUUACAACUGCUGUUAUUACACUCAGUGAAAUACAGUUAGGACAGCACUAGUUGGUUCAGGUCAUUGAUUCUUUAAUGCAAGUCUGGAAACUUUCUGGGCAUUCUUUAUAAAAAGUAUAUGUAAGGCAAGAAAAGGUUCAUCAUACACAAAGAUGAUACACUGCAGCUGUCUUUCUAAUUGUCUUCUGCUGAAAGGUAAUUCUGAUAUAAACUUGAAGAUGUGUCCACACACCAGUAUACUCGUACAUGUACUAAGCACAUGCCUUACAUUUGGAACUGAACAACUUAACUGUGUCAGAUUUAAUAUUAUUUAUAUCUGUCACCAAACUAUGAUGAUGAGAAAAUUCUUAUGUUUGUUUUACAUUUGCACAUUUUCUUUCAUUGCAAACUAAUAAUUUUUAGGUAUUAAAAGUAGCAUGUAUUUUUACAAUGCUUAGUGUAGAAGUAAACAGCUAUAUAUUGAUUUAUAUUCUCACAAGAUACUGUUUGGAAUCACGAGCCAUUGAGAAUUAUUACGAGUAUUUGCAAUCUCUGAGGACGAGCUGAAACAAGUUGGGGGAGAAGAAGAUAACUGCAAACUGUUCUGUGUUCCCCAGAGCCAGAAUGAAAUUGCAUGAGGCUGGUACCUAUUGUUAUGAUGCUGCUGCAGAGAAGGGAAAACUCUGCCAUUAUCAGUAUACAGUACAAGCACCAAGCAGCUGAUGAGAGAGAGAGUUUGUUAUCUGUAAAUGAAGAAAUAAAAUGUUGGGCAUCAAGUUUAGUAGUGAUGUGGAUUUCAGUAUUAUUAAUAUUAUUAUUGAAGCCAUCCUCCAUCAUAGUAGGAAAAGGCAUAAAAAAUUUUGAAGAAAAAAAAAGUGAGAAAAUAUUAUCAUUGUUAUUACAGUAUAUGCUAAUGAGUGAUGCUAGGCUGUAUGAAGGGACGGGGGUAGACCAGGUAGAUAUUUGGGGCCUUGUUGUGGUAGGGGAGCACUGUAGUAGAACACAUCCUUUACACCAUUGAAAAAUAAUGUCUUUUUGGUGGGAGACCGUGUAGUCGCUCUCCAUUCUGUCCUCUCUGAAUUAUAGCAGGACGAGGCUUAGAAGAGUGAAGAUGUUAUCAUGACUGUAUUACUAUCAUAUUUUUUUUUUUUACUUAUUUUGUAAGAGAACUGAAUGAAUCCUUUCCAUUUAUUCACAUAGUCAUAUAUGUUAUGUUCAUGAAUAGUGUUUAGAAAUGAAGUACUGUAUACUUAACCCAUGGAACUCUGAAGUUAAGUUUCUCAAUGGGUGAAGGAAUUUGUUCCCUGCUUUUCUUUAUGAUUUUGAAUACUUAUUAUGUCAUAUUUUGUAGAGUAGUGUACAAAUAAUAGUUUUGAUAUAAAUAGCUCAUGAUGUGAUUGUUUCAGAAACUCAUCUUACAUGUAACACAAAGGACAAACUAUUUUUAUUGAGUUACUUUGCCUCUGCUUAGAAACUAAGUAUACAGUAAUGUUUGUUUUUAUGGUUAUUAUUUAGAUGGAAGUUGAUAAAUGUGUUUAUAACCACAAACUUCUUAGUUAAGCGUCUCCUCAUGCUAACACCACCUUAGACUAAAGUCCAACUGUACACAAUAUCACAUGAUAAUGAGUUAAGGUAUAAAUAUAUUCAUGUUCUGUGAUGAGAACUAUGAAGUUAUGAACUUAGUACCAAUGGCCAGGGUCGUAGAGGUCUGCUUUGUUUUCAUCCUGUACCUUAGUCAUACAAAGUUUGUUUGCAAGUGCUUGAGCUUUCAUUGGCACUGAAUAGGCAUUACACAAAUAUUUGAAGAGGUGGAGUAUCUGAUAACAAAGUUGUAUAUUUUGUUAAAAUUACUUCACCAUUAUUGUGUGUUGUACGUGUCUCGAGUGAUCUGCAUUCAUACAUAGAAAUUUAAUGCUGAGGUUUUUGUUAGCAGUGCAGUUUUGACAUACACUGUACUAUCUCCUCAAAGACCUAAUAUACAGUACAGUACACAGUUUUACUUGUGCAUCUUUUGCUUUCUGUGCCUUCCUCAUCCUCCCAUACCAUUGCUUUUACUUCAUCUUCAAUAUCAUCCCAAAAGAUUGUGUGGAGUAUAUUCUUUCAGGUUAAGAGGGUCAGUAUUGUUCAUUGAUUUAAGUUUAGACUUUGCAUAAACCCAUCACUGUGUUAAGCAAAAGGAUACCACUACUUUAUCCUGUCCUGUACUAUACAUGCUCUUUGUGUUUCAGGUGCUUGGAAGACUCUGAUUAGUCAAAUGUUGUUCCUUCAAGUAAAAGACAGUACAUUCAUCAAUGAAACUUGGGGUGUUGUGGGAGGGGGUUACCAUAACAUAACAUACCUAUUAUGGCAAAUGGCAGUCUGUGUUGCUAUUGGUUACACUCAUUCUGCCUAAUACUAUACCAGAAAAAGGCUUGUAAAAGUGGAAAAUAAAAAUAUUUAAGUCAUUUGGAGGAAAAUCGUAGCCCCCUUCUCCAUGCAGUUGAAAGAAAGCUGUCAUUUACCCUUGUAUCAGCAUUAGUGACUACCUCAAAACACUGGUUAUUGAUUACAUCUAUCAGAUGGAAUGGCCAUGGCAGCUACCGCCAGAUGAGUGAGCUCUGUAUUUAAGAGAUUACAAUGGUUAAAUUGGCGCCCAGCACCGAAUGUAGGAUGUGUGGGGUCUCUGGUUUUCUCCUGAUGUUUAUAUUUCUUCUUGAAAAAUCAGUGACGUUUAUUUAAUCACAUAAGAUACUGUAGAUUAAGUUAGGGUAUUCACAUAAGUGUAGUGGCAUAUAUAGUAUUAUAUUACAUGAAACGACUUUGAAAUCUAAAUCAUUACCGGGCUAAGGAAUAAGUUCUACUUUAUAUACGAUUGUAUAAAGUAAUAGAAAAAUGCUUUUUACUUUUUCUUGUGGUAAAUUAUAUUCUAAUAAGUCCAAAUUACAGCCAUGUUGGAUGAGAAGUAAGAGGUCACAGUCAGUAUACUAUAUUAAAUAGUGAAAGUCCUAAGUGUGGGGGAGGGCAGAGUAUAGGUGUAAGAAAAACACUGGAGGGAGAGAGAAUUCAAAGCCUUGACUGGGGGGGAAAAAAGUAGGUUAUCAUAAAAGAUUGUCCGUGAGUCGUAGGAUACCACAUUCUAUCUGUGGGAGGAAGCCGCUAACCAUAUGUCCUGAGAUAAAAUCUUACAAUUCAUACUUGGUCUUACAGCUCCUGAGCACAGUGAAUGAUUUAAGACAGUACUGUACUGUACCUGUAAAAGAGAGGAAGAGACUCAACAUUCUCUCAAAGAGAAAGGGGUGGAAGAGUUAAUGAGGUGGAAAGGUUUUGACACCAUCUUAUCUUAUAGGCAGAAGAUGUUCAGGGGUUUCCAGGGUAGAAUAGGAGUUAUUGUGAUACCUAACAUGUUUUUGUUGCUCUGAUUAAUUAAUGUGUGUUGGAUAUUAAUGGCUGGGAAAGUAUGAAAUUUAUAAUAAGAUGUAGAACAAAGUAGGCUUGGCAAAUUAAACAGAACUGAUUAAUUACUUCCCCUGCCUGUGAUGCUGUACAGGUCGGGAUGAUGGGAGGAAAUGUGUGCAGCUGUAGCUCAAGAAGGAGAGAAAACAUUGGAAUUUGGGGGAAAUGUGAGUGAGUUGAUGAAUGUAGAAUAGGGUCAAAGAUUGAAGAGGGUACCAGUGGGUGGGAGAUCAGAACCCUAAGGGAUAUCACUGUUCAUUGAGCAAGAAGUAACUACCCGUACCUGUACUGGGAGGAACUACAGUACAGUUUUGGAGAGACUUAUGAAUUAAAGAAGAGCAGGAACCAGGAGGAACAUAGUAAGGCAGUUUAAAAAGUAACAAUACUGUAUGUGCUAUUUAUUUGGGUUUAUUUCCAGAAGCUAAUUUUUCUACUUGAUUUUUUUUAUUAUAUUUAGUCUUCUAUUGUAGUACAAUACCAUUAUUAUUUAGUGAUAAAAUGCUAAUAGUGUUAACUGUAUCGUACUUCUUUUUAUAUUGAAACUGCCAUGUUUAUGAUAAUGCUGUAGAUGGCUAUUGAUAUAUGUGAAAAAUAAUUAGCCAAUUAUGAUCAUAAUAUACAGUACUGUACUAAAUAUUGUAUGAGGGAAUUUAGUUACAGUAGAAAUGAGAGAAUUUAUUUACAAUAAUAAUGAAUAUUAUUUUGAAUGAAAAUUACAGAUGAAUGUUCGUUUAAAUGAAGGAAUGUUAGAUACCCUGGGGUGGAUGUUUCUGUGAAUGUGGCAUAAAUUGAAUCGCAAGUAGUGGAGGGAAAGAAAGUAAUAAGUACAUUGAGAAGUAUCUGAUGAGUCAGAGAUGGGGAUGUACUGUUGCCUCUUCUGCUGCUCCAUGAACACCAAGAUUCAGAACUAGUACACCUGAAGCAGUAGACAUUAUUCUGUUCAUAAGUGCUUUGGAUUCACGAGUCUGAAUCUCAGGAUUUGUGAUUUAGGAGAACUGGCGACAGGAUGUUUGUGGGUGACUGUACAAGGUAUGGAUGUAAGUGGUAAUAAAUUAGAAUAAAUAAGAUGCUUGAUAGUAGUAUGUAGGAUGCAGAGAAUAAGAAAUAAGGUUUGGAAGUGAAAGAGUGAAAAAUGGAUAGGGUAUGAAUUAGAGGUGGAUGGUAAUAAGUACAGGGAAAGACCAAGGAAAUGGAUGGAUAGAGAGAGGCAUCAGAUAAGUGGAGUGUACUGUGAAUGACAAAGCUACCUUCCCAAUUUUGGAUGAAUGUAUUGUGGAAUAUACGAGUCUUUCGGCAUGCUGUCUGGGAAACUUUUGAACAGUUGGCGGACCUGGAGAGGACUGAUCCUGAGUUUCAAGGGUAUCUUUGUUGUCCAUUUGUCAUGACUGAAAUAUAUCAUUUUCCAUAUUAACCACUUGGGAUGUUUCGAACCUUGAUAUGCUUCAUGUUCCGUUUAGAGACUUAUGGCUUCUCGUCUCAGAUGAAUCAGCUUACCUAUUCAGACAUAUCAACAUUUCUUACGUAAUUGAGGUUAAUCAUUGACUAUGUCUCGCCAGCCUUAAAUAACUAUCAGACAAAACUGGGAAGAUGGUUCACAUCACUCGCUAUACAUUCAGGAGACACCGAUUUGCAUGGGUGACCCAGAAUUAAGGCAUUGGGUGAUAUUUAGGGAUGGAUGUGUUGUUAAUGGAUGAUGCUAAGUUGUAUGAAGAGACGGGUGAAGCAGAAAGGAAACACCAUAGUAGAACACAUCUAUCAUAGCAUUUAGGAAGAAUAUAUAACAGUAAGUGAAGAAUGGCCUGAAAAGUGGAAAAACUAACUUCUGGUAUAUGUCACACAGGAGGUUGAGUUCCACAGAGUAGUACUGUAGCAUUUAUACUGAACCUUGCUUUUAGGAACUAGUGAUACACAACAUGAAACCUCACAUAUGGAAAGCGGGAGUUGUUUUUAAAAGAAUUAUUGUAUUUAUUUUUAUAUUUUUUUAAUUCGUGUUUAUGUGAAUGAUUUAUUGCCAUGGAUUGUCAUCUGUUUGUCCAUACAAUAUCUGUCUCAACUUUUCACUUCUAAGAAACACCAUGUGACUUACAAUCUGAUGUAGUAUGUUCCCUUAACAUAGUCAGUCUGUUGUCUGUACUGUACGUGGCAUCCCAGUUUGAACUUGGAUACAUAAGGCUUUAUUCUUAAAAUAGAAAAGAAAAGAAUUUAAUGAAUCAGUAAGUGUUUUUUCUGGUCGUUAAUUAAUUAAAUAGUAUUUUUUUAAUUGGAUUUUUUUCUGUGUGCAAAGCUGUAAAUCAGAUGCCUUUUGCUUUAUGAGACAUAAUGUUUCCUUGUUCAUAGAUAACAUUUGAUUGGGUGAUUUUUUUUUUUUUUUAAUAAAUAAGAAGUGUUAUAGUAUCCCAGUUUACAAGUUGAGGGACAACAAUUUUGUCCGUCUGGUUGUAAAAUGUGGCAGCAUUUUCUUGGUCAUUUCAUAGAAGUUUUAGAGGUUGGUAUAUCUUUCUGUGAAUUAUACCUGUGCCCAUUGCCUAUUAUUGUCUCCAUAAAACUGAAAAUUCUAUUACUGGGUACAGUACUGACAAGGUUUCUAAUUCUUACUGCCAAGAUGUAUUGUGUUUCUUCCCUCCCAGUCCUGUUGCCAGCCUUUAGUAUGAGUGAGGAUGUGUUUGGUGUGAUGAUGGACAGCACAAUAUUAAGCUUUUCCUUCACUUUAAUCAUAUAUUCAAAAUGUCUGUAUAAGUGUACUUUAUGCCAGGAGUAUAUUGCCAAGCAUUUUGUUAAUGACCUUGUGAAGAUAUACAUCUUGCUCCUCACUUCAGUAAUAGAGAUCAGGUCAUGUUAACAUUAGUUAUUAUCUUCAUGUCAGCAACCUUUGACUUAUCAUUAUUUAGUGAUUUAGGCUGAGAUCUAAGUAUAUUUCUUUGUAUUCUUUAUGAAGUAGACUCGGGCCAUGAUAUAAGUAAAUCUCUUCAUUUUCUCUAUGAGGCAAACUUCAUGGAUAGUAUGUGUAAUUCUCCACUUGUGUUAAUGAGGUACAGUAGUUGGUGAACAUGAUUGUAUGACUACAUAUCACAGUGUAAUGGAGUUUAUUAUAGAUUUGCAGGGAUCACCACACAGAUAUUUCAAGUACUGUAUAGAGGCUUCCAACAGUGCGUAGGGUUGUGACAGCUAGCGUAAACGAUGUUAUCAUCAAGUGAGCAAACUGACACCUUGUAAAUUCCAAUACAGGUAUACCUAAAAGUAUUCAUUGAUAGUUAGGAUCAUGUGAAUAUUAAACACCCCAACUUAUUUCACAUGAAGAUUAAAAACCCUAAUGUUAACCUAAAUCAACCUCCUCCCACAGAAAGCAUUAGGGUGAUUAAUUUUCAGGUAAAAUAAAGCUGGGGUGUCUAAUCUUGAAGUGAUAUGAUAGUGGUCACCGAGACAUAAGAAAAUUUUAUUUACAGUAUUUUUUUUAGCAGAGCAAAAAGAAUUUUUUGCCUUAGUGCUAAAAAUUCAGGUUCAUGGGUGAUGCUCAUAGAUCAAAUGUGGCAGACUUGUGGUGAUUCCUGUUUUGAAUAUUUGUUGCUCUAUAAAUAUUAGUUAACCACACAUUUUGUAUGCCUGGUAAUAAUCAUACAUAAGUUUUAUAAUUUUGAACUAUAAACAAGUAUAUUUGUAUAAUUACAUUCACUAAUCAAUUUCUUUUUAAUUUAGAGAGAAUUUAAUAAUUGUGCAGUAAUUUAAUGUUAACAAAUUCCCUCAAGUGGAGUUAUUGGGGAUUAUUAAUACCAAAAUAGAACUAAUUGUGCUCUUGACUUGACCACCCAGCACUGUAGUGGGAAAGGGUGUACAAGAGUAAAAUAAAACCGUGAAGAACAUGUGAGGCGUCCCAAAUCGUAAGGUGCAUUCAAGCCAUCUGGGUGAAACCCAUUUUUUGUUGGAAAGCACUAUUUUCGGCUCUAUAUGAUGGUAGUUAAUAAGAUCUCCUUACUACACUGUAAAUAAGGUUGAAAGCCCUUUGAAAAUAAGGUAGAACAUCGAUUUGUGGCAGGCAGGAAAUUAUGGGCUUGGCUUUCGCAUCAUAAGGUGCUCUCAUCCCAUCAGUGAGUGAGUGAAAUGAGCGGGCGGCCAAUCACAGCGGCCAGCCUACAGCCUCCUCCCCCGUCUUGGCCAAUGACAGUGAGUGUCUGCUUUCUAUGUCACGGCCCCUCCAGUGGGCAGAGUCUACACUCUGAUAUCGAUUAAAGUAAAAAAAAAAAUAUAUAAGCCUGUGGGAGUUUUGUUGCUUCAAGUCAACAUUGCAACAACCCAGUACAUUACUUCAUGACGCUCUACCUACCAUCUGCAAGUACAGUCCUUCAGCUUCAAAAUGUAUAAAAAAUGAAUGUUGUAUCUCAAAAAACAACAGUUAUGCAUGUUUGAAGUUGGGAAAACUGAAACGCGGAUUCUCGGUUUAAAAUUUUGGCGCAAAUAAACCAUACGAUCCAGGCACCUCAUGUCCUCAGUAUAUACAGUAAUGUAACUUACUCUUGGUUACAUAAAGGCACACAAUUUAAAUCACCCGAAGAUGAGCCCUCCCAGCCUAUCUCACCUUAAGAUUAGCCACCUUAACAAUACCUUACCCAACCCUCCAGGUAGUUUUAUGGUGUUUAAUUAUCAGGUGAAAUAAGCUAGGGUGUCUAAUCUUCAUUUAAUCCAUGAUUCAUAUUCCCUUUUCAUUUUUCAAACAUAUUGCUUGGUUUACUUGUUUUGUAAGUAUUUGUCUUAGUUAUAUAUUGCAGUACAGUACAGGUAUCUCUUUAUUUUCCAACAUUCCGUCAUAUAAGCUUCAUUUUAUUCUCAUUUGCGUUGUUUUUAUCGUACAAACACAAUAUGAAUUUCGUUUGGCACGGUUACUUGUAGUUCUCGGCAGAGCUUGGAACUUUGGCUCUUUCUUUUAGGCCAGACUACAACACUGGCACUAACUCUGCUCUGCUACUGAUGGAAUGAUGUGUUGUACUGUAUUUUUUAUUUCAUCAUUUUAGUCUGCUGUAAUCUUGAUUUUAUAUUACAAGAGCAUACUGUACAGUACUUGUUUUACAGACUUUUAUUUGAGUUACUUACAUUUAUUUUACUGUACGAUACAGUAUUUUGAUUCUUUGUAAAUAGGUGAACUUGAAAGCAACAUUGCUAGCUUUAAACUUGAAUAUUUUCCUACAGUUGCAUUUGAUGUAUUAGUAUUAUAUUAAAGACAGGAAUGCCUCUUAACCUCAAAUGUAUGUUUCAAGUAAGUAUAGAAAAUUAUUGUCAAAGUAUGCAACAAUAUUGACUUUGAUAUUACUGAAGUUGUAUGCAAAUGAUUUGUGUUCAAUAGCCUGUGAACAAAUAUGCAUAUUUCAGUACAUUAUCUCCAGCAGGGUACUGUAUAAGCCAAGCGGACACCUUACCUUCCUUCACAUGCUCUGCUUUGGAGGUCAACACUAUUUUUUAUUUACAUUGUUGUAUUUUAUGUUCAACACGUUUCAGUAUUUUGACAUACAGUAGUCUUUUAUGCAAGUGUGUACCGGUAGCUGUUAAAAUCUUGCAAAUCUUCAAUUUUAAAUCAUACAUAUGCACUUGAAAUGUUAAUGUUGAGAUAAUUGUUGGAGUUGCAUUUAAUUACAAUGAUGAAGGUAGUUUUAUACAACAUACCAUAUAGUCAGUACAGUACAGUGUUCUGGUGUUGCCGUGAGCGAACUGUCCGUGUUAAGAGUUCUUGGUUUCAUAAAGUUUCAACUAAGUUUUAGUGUUUAUGUUUGAACAGAUUUUGAUGACAUAACUACAUUAUGUAUAACUAUUAAUAAAACUUGUUUAUACA